UACCGAGUUAAAUUUCGUCUAUCACCCGAUUGCUUCGGCCAUGUCAACAGGGUUGCCCACGCCAGAGCAAAGUACUCCGACCACGUCUCGGUCACACCACCCCCGAGCUCUCGCCUGCGUGCUUUGCCAACAGCGAAAAGUGAAGUGUGACCGCAGGUCUCCUUGUACAAAUUGCACUAAAUAUCGCACCCAAUGCGUGCCGGCCACGCAGGUCCGUCGGCGACGACGCUUUCCGGAGCGAGCCCUUUUGGAUCGUAUCCGGAAGUAUGAGUCCUUGCUCCGCCAGAACAAUGUCAGAUUCGACCCGCUUCACAAGGAUACUGUCGCUGGAAGUAAUCAUGAUUCAGAUUAUGAGCCACAAGAAGCCAGUGGGGCAGAUUCGCUCUCUUCUGCGAAUCCUUCGGAGUCUAGGAGGCCACACGAGGUAAAAAACAUAUGGUUAUCUAUGAAUCAAGGGUCCCGGGACAACAGCAAUGAGUUGGCAAUUAGAAAAGCAUGGGACCAAGGAUUUGACGACGAUGACCAUCUUCUAUUUGGCACAAGGACGACAGCGGUUAACAUCUCUGCUCUCCACCCGGAACCUGUUCAUAUUUUCCGGCUGUGGCAGAUUUAUCUCGAUAAUGUCAAUCCUCUGCUCAAGGUCAUACAUACUCCUAGUCUUCAGGGACGCAUUAUCGACGCCGCCAGCAACGUCGCAAACACCGACCCUGUCUUCCAAGCGCUUAUCUUUGGCAUAUACUGCACGGCUGUUCUGAGUCUCCCUGCAGAUGACUGUCAGAGAGUUUUUGGUUCAUCGAAACAAGACCUUUUGGCCAAGUUCCAAUUCGGUUGUCAGCAGGCUUUGUCAAACUACGGGUUCCUACGGUCUAGUAAUCGCGAGGCUUUAACAGCCCUAUACCUAUAUCUAGUCUCGAGCUUCUCUGUCAGGAAUCCUCGGUCCCUCUCUUCCAUGCUUGCCGUUGCAAUCCGCAUAGCUCAACGCAUGGGAAUUCAUAACGAAGCAGCUCUAGCCAGAUGCACCGUGUUCGAGGCCGAAAUGCGCCGGCGACUGUGGUGGUCCCUCAUGCUCUUUGACUCUCGCAUUAACGAGCUAACAGAGCACAAUGUCACCACGCUAGCUCCCGCCUGGGAUUGCAAAAUUCCCCUCAACGUGGGCGAUUCAGACCUGCGGAUAGGGAUGAAAGACCCCCCAAUAGCUCAGGGACCAGCCAGCGAAGCUCUCUACGUCGUUGUACGCAGCGAGCUUGGAGAAUUUCUCCGUCACGCACCUUUCCAUCUCGACUUUACCCACCCGGCUCUAAAGCCCAUUGCAAAAGAACUACCAGGAGGAGGCGAUAUGGCUGCUCUGGAGAAAAUAAUUGAGGAAAAGUAUCUCGUCGCCUGUGACCCCGAAAACCCACUUCAUUUCAUGACGAUCUGGAUGACGCGAGGACAUCUCGCCAGGUCUUACCUCGUCGAGCACUACUCGCGAUGUUCUAGCUCGUCCUCGCGCCCGGGAGACGCACAACGCGACGCUGCCAUGUCUCAUGCCCUGAGCAUGCUUGAGUGCGACACCAAGAUCAUGACCUCCCCACUAACCCAAGGAUUUCUUUGGUCCCUUCAUUUCAAUUUCCCGUUCUUCGCAUACAUAUACAUCAUUCAGGACCUGAAAGAGCGACCGAUCAGUAAACAAGCCGAGCGGGCCUGGGAGGUCAUGAGCGAUAACUACGAGGCGCGGUUCAGCGCCUUGGAUUUAGUCGGUAAUCCUCUUUUUCAGGCCUUUGGGAAGAUUGUUCUCCCGGCCUGGGAGGCUUUCGAGGCAUCUUUCAAGCGGUCUGGAGAACCAUUACCUCCACCACGGAUCGUGUCAGGUAUCAGACAAAAGUUUACGGGGAUGCCACGAGAUACAGCAGCACCAGGAACGGCUAUGACGAAUGUGGACACGAAUGACUCCUUCACGAUGCCCAUGGGCCCUAGUGAUCACAACCUCUUAUCUACCAUGGGUAGCCAAGAUUAUCUCUCACCCAUGAGCUUAUUUCUGGGCAUUCCCGGACAAAAUACGUUACCUGGCGACACUAUGGACCAGUUCAGUUGGGCCUCGAUGGAGUGGGCUUUUGGCCAGCAUGGUAGCUAGGACUUCACCUUACUCUACAUCACCCGGAUACAUUUUCCCCGUCUCGCAGGGGCUGGCGCUUACUUGAUGGCAUCAAUUAACCACGGGAACAAAAUGAAUCACGAAUCCAAAUGAUCAGUCCGAUGUCCCCCCAGCGCCCGAGAAUAUAUGUCGUGAUCGGUAAUAUUUCUCACUCGUGUGCCACAAAUAAUAAGCAGUUAUCACUUCUAGGUCAUGCAGCAAUGGGCCUGCAUUAACCAAUGGAAUACUAUGGAGGAGAACAAGCCUGUAGACUCAAGACCGAAAGUGGCAAAAGGAACUGCCGUAUCUGCGAGCCGGGUUGAGUAUAAAGUUUUGC